AUCAGUGCAGUUGGUGACAAGCAUUCAAACAACAAUGCAAAAAGCAGUCUUAGUAUUAUUAGGAAUAACAUUCCUAGUAGUUUUAGUGCAAGGACAUGCUUUAAAAGGAGAAGAAGAAGCAUUAGAUCAGGCAGUUGCUGCUUCCCAUCAUGGCCAUCAUCACGAGUCCGGAGGCGGUCACGAGGGUCAUGGACACCAUCACGAGAGCCAUGGAGGUAAAGGCGAAAAAGGAUACCAUAGCGAUCACCAUCACGAUAAAGGUCAUCAUGGUAAGCACGGAAAACAUCAUUCAGAAGGCCAUCAUGCGGAAAAGGGGGGUCACCACCACUCGCAUCAUGAUGAAGGCGAUCAUCACUCAUCCCACCACGCUCAUGGAGGUCACCAUAAAGGAGGAAAAUUCGGCGAGAAGCAUGGCCACAAAAAAGGACAAAAAACAAAAGGUUAUCAUGUUAAAGCACACAAAGACGAAUAUCACAAGAAUCACAAAUUCUAUGAUGAUGCCCACAAAGGAGGUCAUCACGAAAAGCACGGACACCAUCACGGAUAUCACGGAUCCGAUGCCGGUCACCACAAAAAAGGAGGCUCUCACAAAUCUGGACAUCACGAAGGACAUCAUGGCAAAAAAGGUUACGGACAUAAUGGACAUUAUGACGAAGAUCAUCACGGGUACAAAGGACAUGGUGGUCAUGAACAUCAUCAUUCUCAUCACUCCGAUUAUGGAAAGAAAGGAGAUCACGAAGGGCAUAAAGAACAUGGUUAUGCCUCAAAGCAUUAG